CCGCGAUGCGCGCGCACGUCACCCUCCGCGCGGCGACGCCCGCGCGCGCCGCCGCGACCGUGCGCGCGGGCCGACGACCGUCCGCGAUGCGCGCCGACGCGGCGCCGACGCGCGCGACGAGCGCGCGCGUCGCGUACGGCAACGCGUCGACGACGACGCUCAAGCUCGACGCGCGAGGCGCGACGCGAAGGCCGACCCUAGGCGGGGGGCGUCGACGAUUCGAGACGCGCGCGAUGUUUGAGCGGUUCACGGAGAAGGCCAUCAAGGUGGUGAUGUUGGCGCAGGAGGAGGCGCGGCGAUUGGGGCACAACUUCGUCGGGACCGAACAGAUCAUGCUCGGUUUGAUUGGCGAAGGCACCGGCAUCGCGGCCAAGGUGCUCAAGUCGAUGGGCAUUUCGUUGAAGGAAGCGCGCAUCGAGGUUGAGAAGAUUAUUGGACGCGGUUCCGGUUUCGUCGCGGUGGAGAUUCCGUUCACGCCGCGCGCGAAGCGCGUGUUGGAGCUCGCGCUCGAGGAGGCGCGCCAGUUGGGCCACAACUACAUCGGCACCGAACACUUGUUGCUCGGUUUGCUCCGUGAAGGCGAGGGCGUGGCUGCGCGCGUGCUCGAAAACCUCGACGCCGACCCGGCAAAGAUUCGUUCUCAAGUGAUUCGCAUGGUUGGUGAGACGCAAGAAGCCGUCGGCGCGGGCGCCGGCGGCGGCCAAGGCGCGCAAUCCGGCUCCAAGACGCCGACUUUGGAAGAGUUCGGUAGCGACCUCACCAAGAAGGCUGAAGAGGGUAAGCUCGAUCCGUGCAUCGGUCGUGCGAACGAAAUCGUUCGCGUCACGCAAAUUCUCGGUCGCCGUACCAAGAACAACCCGUGCUUGAUUGGUGAACCGGGCGUCGGUAAGUCUGCCAUUGCCGAAGGUCUCGCGCAAAAGAUUGCCGCCAACGACGUUCCGGAUACUCUCGACUCCAAGCGUAUGAUGACGCUCGAUAUGGGUUUGCUCGUCGCCGGUACCAAGUACCGUGGUGAGUUCGAGGAGCGUCUCAAGAAGCUCAUGGACGAAGUGAAGAGUGAUGAAAACAUCAUCCUUUUCAUCGACGAAGUCCACACGCUCAUCGGCGCCGGCGCGGCGGAGGGCGCCAUCGAUGCGGCGAACAUCUUGAAGCCGGCCUUGGCGCGUGGUGAACUCCAGUGCAUCGGUGCGACGACUAUUGACGAGUACCGCAAGCACAUCGAGAAGGAUCCGGCGCUCGAGCGUCGUUUCCAACCGGUUCAAGUUCCGGAGCCGUCGGUGGAUGAAACCAUUCAAAUUCUCCGCGGACUCCGCGAGCGUUACGAAUUGCACCACAAGCUCAAGUACGAUGACGACGCUUUGAUCGCCGCCGCAAAGUUCUCGAGCCAGUACAUCUCCGAUCGUUUCUUGCCGGACAAGGCGAUCGAUCUCAUCGAUGAGGCUGGUUCUCGCGUGCGACUGGAAAACGCCGCCCUCCCGGAGGAAGCCAAGGAACUCGAUAAGGAGCUCAAGGCUUUGAUGAAGGAGAAGGAUACGGCCAUCCGCUCUCAGGAUUUCGAAGCCGCUGGUGGCCUUCGUGAUCGCGAAGUCGAGCUCAGAGCUCAAAUCAAGCAAAUCACCGAGCGAAAGCAAGAGGAGAACAAGGCGAAGGCUGAAUCCGGUGACGCGUCUGGUCCGACGGUGGUCGAGCAAGACAUUGCCGAUAUUGUCGCCGCCUGGACUGGUAUCCCCGUCGAUAAGGUGUCUUCCGAUGAAGGUACCCGAUUGAUGGACAUGGAAGAAACCCUUCACAAGCGAUUGGUUGGUCAAGAAGAAGCCGUCGUGGCGUGCGCUCGCGCCAUUCGCCGCGCCCGUACCGGCUUGAAGAACCCGAACCGUCCGGUCGCGUCCUUCAUCUUCUCCGGUCCCACUGGUGUCGGUAAAUCCGAGCUCGCCAAGUCCCUCUCUGCCUUUUACUUCGGUUCCGAAGAAGCCAUGGUUCGUCUUGAUAUGUCCGAAUUCAUGGAGCGCCACACUGUUUCCAAGCUCAUCGGUUCCCCGCCGGGUUACGUCGGUUACUCUGAGGGUGGUCAGCUCACCGAGGCUGUUCGGCGGCGUCCGUACACCCUCGUGCUUUUCGAUGAAAUCGAAAAGGCGCACCCGGAUGUGUUCAACAUGAUGCUUCAAAUCCUCGAAGACGGUCGCUUGACCGACUCCAAGGGUCGCGUGAUUGACUUCAAGAACACCCUCAUCAUCAUGACGUCGAACGUUGGUGCGUCGGCGAUUGAAAAGGGUGGCGGUGGAUUGGGCUUCCAACUCGACGACAACGCGGAGGAUCAGUCCUACAACCGCAUUAAGAGCUUAGUCAUGGAAGACUUGAAGAACUACUUCCGACCGGAAUUCCUCAACCGUCUUGACGAAAUCAUCGUGUUCCGUCAACUCAACAAGCAAGAAGUGCGAGAAAUUGCGUACAUCAUGCUCGAGAACGUCUUCAAGCGCCUUAAGGAGAAGGAAAUCGUCCUCGAAUGCACGGAGCGAUUCAAGGAUCGUCUCGUCGACGAGGGUUUCUCUCCGGCGUACGGUGCGCGUCCUUUGCGUCGCGCCAUCAUGCGCUUGCUUGAGGACAACCUCUCCGAGAAGAUGCUCACGGGUGAGAUUUCGGAGGGUUCGUCGUGCAUUAUGGACGUGAACGCGGAAGGUGAAAUCACGGUGUUGACUGGCGACGGUAGAGAGCUGAAGGCUGGUAGCGCGAUCGGUGGUCCGGCUGGCAUCGCGUAAUUCUAGGCUGCGAGAACGCUUAAAAAAUGAUUGAUUACAAAAUGACUUUUGUUCUUUGGGGGUCACCCCAUCAUCAGCGUCGGAGCCUGUGUUAUUAGGCGAUUUAGAUUACGUGUCUCUCACGCA